AAAAACACACUCUUGAGGGAAAAAAAUUAAGCGUAUCCGUUCGAGCAAGAAAAUUCGAGCAAGAUUAACUGAAGACAUUAUAACUUUUACUAUACAAUGGCUGAGAACGAUAUGACUGACACGGAUCUUGAAGAAAUGUUUGACCUAGCAGCCAAGUAUCUGCAAACAGUGGCGUUCGAAUUAGAUACGAAGCAACUGCUUGGAUAUUACGCUCUGUAUAAACAAGCCACCGUAGGUCCAUGUGACAUUCCUCGACCCAACUGGUAUCAAGUGCAAGCCAAGCAUAAGUGGGAGGCAUGGAAGAAUCUCGGAGACAUGAGCCGAAAAAUCGCAAUGACAAACUACGUGCAAGCCAUCACCAAGCUUAAUCCAUCUUGGGAGGAAGAAGCAAAAACCGAAACUCCGGGAUGGACAUCUGUUAGCAAGUUACCAAAAACAGAUGAAGAACUGACGGAUGCGGACAAGACAUUUCUGGACUGGAUCAAGGAGGGUAACGAGGAGAAGGUGCGAGAAUUGUUGAACAACGAUCUCACACUUGUCAACACGUUGGACGAAGAUGGCUUGUUACCCCUGCAUUGGGCAGCGGAUCGGGGUCACGUCGGAAUAAUGGAAUACUUGAUCGGCAAUGGCGCGAACGUAAAUUCUCAAGAUCGGGACGGUCAAACACCUCUUCACUACGCAGCAAGUUGCGGUCAUGCAAAAGCGGUCGAGUAUUUGCUUUCGAUCGGAGCUCAGUCUAUUGCGGAUAACGAUGGUAUGACACCCAAAGAUAUUGCCGACGAGCAACUGGUAGCUCUAUUUUAACAAAAACGAUGUACACUCGGCGUGCACACAUGCGCACGCAUGUUCUAUUACUACAAUUGUUAUAACGUAAACAUUAAUAAAUAUGAAUAAAACUGUGUUCGACGAUUUA